CCUAGCUAUUUGUACUGUUUCCACCGUCAGUGCACCAGGAGAGAAAGAUUGUUUGCAUUGAAGAGCUGAGGAGCCCAUAGACAAGCGAUGCAGAGCCGGAGGCAGCAGGCCGUUGCUCACAAGGAGGAGGGGGACAGUGAUGCUGCGAGAUCCAUAACUGACACAUCCUGGUGGACCUCUCCAUCCACACUGCGAUGUGACUCGAACAGACCAUACUACACAUCUGACUCUGAAGACCAGGAUGAGCGACUUAAAGACAAGGCCUCAGAAGGCCAGGCCUCAGACAAGUGGCCGGGAUCGAACACACGGGGAAGAAAAAAAGGUAAAAAAGCACAGAGGCCACAAAAGACAAACCACACUACAAACCGCCAUAUCCUGAAGCUGCCUCCCAUCAUCAAGCACCUGCAGGUUUCAGAGCCGAGGAUCCUGUCGGCCGACCUGAACUGCAUCCGGGAGCUGAAAAGCCAGGUGUGGGAUCUGCAGCAGCAGCUGAGCGAAGCCAGGACUGAGAACAAGCUGUUGAAGAGGCUCCAGCAUCGCCACACGAUGGCACUGCAGCACUUCCAAGACUCAGAGGGCAGCGUCUCGCAGAUCCUCACGAGCCACAGGAACGAGGCCCGAGUCCUGCAGGGGACGCUCCAUGAGACCCGCAGCUGCCGCGACAAUCUGGCAAGGCAGCUGAAAACCACAGAAAAUAAGUUGCUCAGCAUAAAGGACAGAUACCUGCACCUACAGCUGCUCAGCCAGGAUCACAGCCUGCUGGAGAGGGAGGACCUCACCUCAAGGCUGUGCAGGGCUUCUGCAGAGCUGGAACACAAGGACAAGAGGAUACUGGACUUGGAGAGGUAUCUUAAAUUGUGCCAGGCCUCAUUCCAUCGUCAAAUAGUCACUGAACAAAAGAAGAUCAGCGAGGAGAGAAAGAUAUCCUGCAAUCUGCAAGAGCACACCCAUCAGCUGAACAGGGAAAUUCAAGGGAGAGCGAGAGAACUGGAAACACACAAUAUUUACUCUCACAGGUUUUUAAAAGGACCUUCCAAAAAAGUCCGUGAAAGCAAGAUUGUUCAAACAGAUGAAUUAGUCCUUCUCCCCAUUGUGGCCGUGAGUCAUUUGGUGUUGGAACAUACGGAGACUGAGGAGAAGCCGGAAGAGAGCUCCGUGAACUGGUGUUGUUACAAUCCAGUGCAGCAGUCUACGGUCAUAGAACAUCCAGAGAAAGAGGUUUCUGAAACCGCCUCAUUAGAAGAGAAUCUGCAAGAGGAAACAGAAACUAUAACAACAAAUAUGUUCUCAGACGCCGGUGAGCAGCGUAGUUGUUCAGAAGAGAGCCCAGAACAUCAAACAGAGGGAGAGUGUGCCGGAAAAAAAGAGGCCCCAGAGGCGUUGGAAGAAGAGCAGAAACGAGAGGGACACGAGACGUCCUUCAUUUCGGAACGGUCGCUGGAUUUGGAGAGAACAGGACCCAAGCUCCCCAAAGACUCAAUUACACCUCGACACCACUCUAAUGAGAACCUGCAGAGUGGAAGGCCUCUCUGCAGCAGUGCGGACUUAAGUCCUUUUCAAAGUUCCGAGAGUCCAAUCAAGAUGGAGAUCAUAAGCAGUGGCAUUCGUGAACUCCAGGAGAGGUGACGUAGGCAGCACUCGUGACGAGUAAAACAUAGAAAGUGCGGGCUGAUGAAGAGCCCUUUAGCUGAGUAAAGUCAAUGAUUUGGUGACAUCAGAACUGAGGCCAAUUAUGUGAGAUACACCUAAACUCUCCAGCUGCCACACAGGAAAAAUGGAGAAGGACAUUUCAUCUGUCGUGUAAUUCUCUAAAUAAAUGAUCAUUUGACCAAAAGCUACACACGGUACAUUGUGAU